AUGAAGGAAGACAAGCUGAUGGUGCGACGGGUGGGACCUUUUCGCAUUGUACAAGAACUCCUCACCAGUUUCCUGGUUGAACACUUGCUGACGAAGGACACGUUUGAUGUUCACGCGAUCCGACUAAAACAUUACGCGGGUGACAUGUCAAAGAAAUGGGAGUUGCUUGUAGGUUGGCAUGGGCUUGAAGACGCAAAAGAUUUAUGGAAAUCAAUGGGCGGUAUCGUGAAGACAGUUCCAGAGAUUGUGAAGGCAUUCGUGGAGACGUGUGAUAACGCGAGGCUCAUCCGGCAUUACAAUGAAGAGUUCGAGCAUGAAGCCGUGUAG